UUGACUGCAGUGUUGAAGUAUACACGGCAAGCCAGCGUCCAUCACGUACUAUAGCGGCUUAUUUGUCGCUCAAUAGGAAUAUCCAAUAUGUCUCGAGCAGCAUUACUUAUUCUAGGACUUGCAUUAGUUUCUGGUGCCUUUACGGAAUAUGUACCUGACAUACUGUCAGAUUUCUAUUACCAGCCUGUUAAGCAAGUUCCAACUGUAGCCAAACCUGAAUAUAACAGAACAUGGCUGUUCUCAACAAGUCUCACACCGGAAGGAGAAUAUGAGUAUACAGAUGAAGAAGGAAACAUCCAGGGAUUUCUGGUUGAUCUAAUGAAUGAAGUGUGCAAAGAAGCUGGCAAGGAGUGUGCAAUCAUGUACGAUGACUACAAUAACUGUUACACGCAGAGCGGUAGUGGACGUCCAAAGGCGGGUCAAGGUCUAUUGGGCAACUGGUACGAUGGUUGUUUUGUUUACUACAAAACUACACCAAGGAUCCCACUUUUUGAUUUCACUGACCCGUUUUCCAAACUGAAUGUUAUAAGUGAAUUCUAUGUCUUGAUUGAUAGCGAGGGAGACUUUGAUCCAAGUGACGUCAGUGGAAAAAGAAUAGGUUUCCUAAGUGGCUGGUCUACUGAUGAAGCCUGCAUUGUUCGUGAUGGUCGAACCAAAAAUAUGGAACAAUUGGAGCCAAGUCAUAAAAUAUAUGUAGCAGAUAUUUACACGUUACUGGACAUGCUCAAGAAACAAGAGGUUGAUGCCAUAUUUGUUGCGUAUACUGCUGUGAACGAAAUAGAGGACCAAGUCAAAGCCGUCGGACCUGGCUUGGAGUGCACAGGAGUCCAAGGGAGUAGCAGUGAACAAAUUAUGCUUCUGCGCAAGGGAAGCCCUGUACGCAAAUGGUGGAAUGACGCAUUUAAGAGGAUCAGAGAAAACGGCAAAUAUUAUAAAAUGUGUUCAAUGAUUGAGCGUAAACACGGGAAACCAGUAACAUGUAUCGGUAUUGACGAGUAAUUAAAGCCAGGAAUUGAUAUUCCGUUUAAAAAAAAAACAAUGUAAUUUGUUUAGUUUUAAUAUUGUAUACGUGACCAUAAAUAAACUACAAUUAUUGAAA